AACACUUGUUUUCCUGAUUUUGUUGUCCUAGGUGUCAGCGACGUACAGGCUGCUCGCAGUGGUCCAACCUUGGCUGAUCGAGUGGCAGUGAUAGAGGAGGAGAUGAAAACAUGGAAAUUUGUAACUGUUCAAGCUAAGAACAAGAGGAGUACCUUGGCUAGACGGAUGAGACUGGUGUUAGCUGAAGUUGGCAGCCUGAAAUACAGUUUACAAAACACCAAGACGCAACUGAGAGUAAUAACUCAAGAGCUGAAACAUGUUCGACAGGAAAAAGACACGUACAGCGAGAGUGUUGGAAAACUACGCGACGAGAUGAAUAAGACGGCAGCUGAUCUGCGUGAUGCCAGGAUGCUGAUAUCUGAACUGAAUCCGACCAAUCAAGAUCUUUUUGCCACAAAACAACAGAUCACAGGUCUUACCAGGGACUUGAUGACACUGAAUUUGAGUUGUUGUGUGGUGAGGGAUGAGGCUAAAGAGACUGAUGGUAAUGAGGGUUCGAUGACAACAUCGUCAUUGUCGCAGGUGUCACUCACGACAUCGACCACGACGUAUCCUGGAACUACUGCAGCCUCGACUGGCCCGACCCAGAACAACACGGUUCCACCAUCGCCAGUGACAACACAAGACUCUGAUCUACAGGCCUCGACCACCGACGUGAGUGAUGAUCUGACACCGAGCAACACGGUUCCACCCACGCCAGUGACGACACAAGACUCCCACGCGACUCCAUCACCAGCAGCAGGCCGCCGCCUCUACUCCGCCAGCAAGGCCGGUGACCUGGAGACAGUGAAGCGGAUCCUGGCAGCGGGUCACGUGGACAUCAACACGAGAGGAGGAUUCUACAGCAGGACACCGGUGAUGGAGGCAGCACGGUAUGGACGCAGCGAUGUGGUGGAGUUCCUGGUGGGUAGAGGGGCUGAUGUGUCGCUGGUGGACAGGUUCGGUAACAACGUCCUUCACUUGGCCUGUCAUGGUGGAGACCUGGAGACGGUGAAGCUGAUCGUGUCCAGGAACCUGGUGGACGUCAACAGUAGAGGACGGUACAGCAGGACACCGGUGAUGUGGGCAGCAGGGGGAGGACACAGCGAUGUGGUGGAGUUCCUGGUGGGUAGAGGGGCUGAUGUGUCGCUGGUGGACAGUGACGGUGACAACGUCCUUCACUACGCCUGUAUUGGUGGAGACCUGGAGACGGUGAAGCUGAUCGUGUCAAGGAACCUGGUGGACGUCAACGCCAGGAACAACGACGGGCGGACAGCGGUCGACAAGGCGAGAGACGAGGGACGUCAGCGACUGGUGGAGUUCCUGGUGUCACGUGGUGGACACUGAAGUCGGUGUCGGUGUGGACGGAGACGGGGCACAUGCCGUUGCUGACACUGACGAGGUGUGCGCCGUUCAGUCGUGUUCACGAUUUUCUUCCUGAAUAUAAAUAAAACUUGUUGAAUGUA